CACGAGCCACUACGAACCUCUGGCUCCAGGGAAGGAAGAAAUGUAAUUUCCUCUGCUGCCUGUGGCUACGGAUUCACAUUGCUGGCCUCCAGAACCAAAGAUGUCACCAAAGUUUGGGGCAUGGGGCUCAACAAAGACUCUCAGCUUGGAUUUCAUCAGAGUCGGAAGGAUAAAACCCGAGGCUACGAGUAUGUGCUGGAGCCCUCGCCUGUGGCGCUGCCUCUGGACAGACCCCAGGAGACCCGGGUGCUGCAGGUGGCCUGCGGUCGUGCACACUCCCUUGUCCUCACUGACAGGGAAGGAGUCUUCAGCAUGGGAAACAACGCCUAUGGGCAGUGUGGACGGAAGGUGGUGGAGGCUGAAGUGUACAGUGAGAGUCACAGAGUGCACAGGAUGCAGGACUUUGACGGCCAGGUGGUCCAGGUUGCCUGUGGGCAGGACCACAGUCUCUUCCUCACGGACCGAGGUGAAGUCUACUCCUGCGGCUGGGGCGCCGAUGGGCAGACAGGUCUGGGCCACUACAGCAUCACCAGCACGCCCACCAAGCUGGGCGGAGACCUUGCUGGAGUGGAGGUCGUCCAGGUUGCCACCUAUGGCGACUGCUGCCUGGCCGUGUCCUCCGAAGGAGCCGUGUUCGGGUGGGGAAACUCUGAGUACCUGCAGCUGGCGUCCAUCACGGACUCCACACAGGUCAGUGUCCCCCAGAGCCUGCCCUUCUCUGGAGUGGGGAAGGUGAAGCAGGCGGCCUGCAGCGGUACAGGCUGCGCUGUGCUGAACGAAGAAGGCUGCGUUUUUGUUUGGGGCUACGGAAUUCUUGGGAAAGGACCCAAGCUUGUGGAAACUGCCAUCCCAGAAAUGAUUCCACCCACGCUCUUUGGCCUGACAGACUUCAGCUCAGAUGUCCAGGUUUCCCGCAUUCGAUGUGGACUCAGCCACUUCGCUGCCCUGACCAACAAAGGUGAGAUGUUCGUGUGGGGCAAGAAUGUCCGUGGCUGCCUGGGGAUCGGCCGCCUGGAAGACCAGUAUUUCCCGUGGAGGGUGACGAUGCCCGGCAAGCCUGUGGACAUGGCGUGUGGUGUGGACCACAUGGUGACACUGGCCAAGUCCUUCGUCUGAGUCCCCUUCCUAGCCUGUUCCAGUCCAGUCCUGUGCCUGGGUGGCUCUGGGCACUCGGUCUCCUGACGCCCUUGGUGGGUGCUGUGGGGAGUCACGGGCACACACGCUCCUGAGCAGCCUGGGCCAUUGCACUGCCUGAGAGGACAGCCGGCACCCGUCACCCUGUCCAGCGACACACGCUGGGGCCCCGUCCUGCGUGGAACGCCAGUCUGUUGGUGGUCUCUGGAGGUGGCCUCGCCACACAGUGCUCAGGAGGGUGACUGUGUCCCUGUCACAGCAGGUCAGUGUGUGCCUCAGCCUGGGCUUUCGUCCUCGCCCUCUGCACUGCUGUGCCUGGUCAUUGCCUCCGCAGGCUCCUGGCAGCCAGAAGUUCCCUGAGGAGCUGCAGUGUGUGCCUGGCCCUCGUGACCAUCCUCACUGCCGGCCUGGAGGCCGAGGAGCCCGGCAGGAGGAAGCUGCGGCCCAACACAGCCCCAGGGCCUGACUGGAGCCUGGCUGCGGACAGGAAAGAUCCGAAGUUGUGAAAAGCAUUUCAGUCUGGAAUGUAACUUGUUUUUUCCUUCACAGUGUUUCAGAAUCUCUUUUGGAAUAAAGUCUAUUUUC